AGAUAGAUAAAAAACUGCAGAUCUUUGUAUUUUUAUGAUCCUUUUUUCUUCAAACAAUCAAUCAGAAAGUGAAAAUAAAAUUUUAAUUGCUGGAGCUCAAACUGCAAAAAUGGAUUCACUAUCUGAAGAGGAUUUUUCUUGUCCCGUGUGUCAUGAAAUCUUCAAGGAUCCUGUUGUUUUAUCAUGUAGUCACAGUUUCUGUAAAGAGUGUCUUCAACAGUUCUGGAGAACCAAGAAAACCCAGGAGUGUCCUGUCUGCAGAAGAAGAUCCUCAAGAAAUGAUCCUCCUUGCAAUCGUGUGUUAAAAAACUUGUGUGACUCUUUCCAGAAGGAGAAAAAUGAGAGGCUAUCAUCAGGAUCCGAGGAGGUCUGCAGUUUACACGGUGAGAAACUCAAACUCUUCUGUCUGGAGGACAAACAGCCUGUGUGUUUAGUGUGCAGAGAUUCACAACAACACGACAAUCACAAAUUCAGACCAAUAAGUGAAGCUGUUUCAUCAUAUAAGGAGGAGCUAAAUGUAGCACUGAAGUCCUUACAAGAUGAACUUAAAAACAGAACAACAUUGAAAGGAGAGUUUGAGAAAACAGUUCAACACAUCAAGUCUCAAGCUGAGCAGACAGAGCGUCAGAUUAAACAGCAGUUUAAGAAGCUUCAUCAGUUUCUCAGAGAUGAAGAAGAAGCUACAAUCACUGCACUGAGGGAGGAAGAGAAGCAGAAGAAGAAGAUGAUGAAGGAAAAGCUGGAGGAGAUGAACAGACACAUCUCAGCUCUUUCACACACAAUCAAAGACACAGAGAAGAUGAUGAAAGACAAUGAUGUCUGCUUUCUAAAGAAGUUUCCAGUCUCGAUGGAAAGAGUCCAGAUCUCAUCACAGUCGGAUCCACGGACGCCUUCUGGAGCUUUGAUUCAGGUGCCACGUUACUUGGGCAACCUGCCCUUCAGAGUCUGGAAGAAGAUGCAGGAUAUAGUCCAAAACACUCCUGUGAUUCUGGAUCCAAACACGGCUCAUCCACGUCUCCUCGUGUCUGAUGAUCUGACCAGUCUGAGAUGGAGCGAGAACAAACAACCGCUUCCUGAUAAUCCAGAGAGAUUUGAUGAUUAUUACUGUGUUUUGGGUUCAGAGGGUUUUAACUCAGGAACACACUGCUGGGAUGUGGAGGUUAAAGAGAGUUUAUGCUGGAGUCUUGGAGUGACUACAGCAUCUAACAAAAGGAAGGGGUGUGAUUUUUAUAACACUGAUGUCUGGAAUGUGCAGUAUGAUCAGUAUGGAUUGUGUGAACGGUCUGGUUUUCAUAUUAAACAGUAUCUUGAGCGUGUAAGAGUUGAUCUGGACUAUGACAGAGGAACUGUGUCAUUCUCUGAUCCUGUAACUAACACACAUCUACACACAUUCACAACCACCUUCACUGACACUGUCUUUCCAUCCUUUGAUAGUUUUUCCCCUCUCAGCAUCUUACCGUUUAGUAGUCAGUAA